CAGGCCCUGCCCUGCCCUGCAGCCUUUGCUAAAUAGAGAGCCCCCACCCCCCUGCCAAAUAGUGAGCCAUUGCCCAGCCCCAUAGAGCCCCCUGCCAAAUAGUGAGCCAUUGCCAGCCCCAUAGAGCCCCCUGCCAAAUAGUGAGCCAUUGCCAGCCCCAUAGAGCCCCCCUGCCAAAUAGUGAGCCAUUGCCAGCCCCAUAGGGGCCCCUGCCAAAUAGUGAGCCAUUGCCAGCCCCAUAGAGCCCCCCUGCCAAAUAGUGAGCCAUUGCCAGCCCCAUAGGGGCCCCCUGCCAAAUAGUGAGCCAUUGCCAGCCCCAUAGAGCUCCCCUGCCAGAUAGUGAGCCAUUGCGCUACAUUAUACGCCCCCCUGCCAAAUAGUGAGCCAUUGCCAGCCCCAUAGAGCCCCCCUGCCAAAUAGUGAGCCAUUGCCAGCCCCAUAGAGCCCCCCCCGCCAAAUAGUGAUCCCGAGAGGGGCCGAGGGCGUGCCGGGACGCCUGGGCCCCCCCAAAGUUGUGGGGCAAUAAGGGGGCGUGUCCUGCCGUGGCCCCGCCCCUUCCUCCCAAGGCCACGCCCCUUUGCCUUGAUCUUUCCCAGCGCCAGUGAUGCCGGACGCCGACCCCCGCCUGGACCCGGGCCGUUGGGCUGCCGCCAGCUUCCGCCCGCGGGGGGCACCCCCCGCCCCCCGACCCCGCCGGGGCUUCUGGCGUCGCCUGGGCGGGUGCUGCGGGUGCUGCGGGUGCUGCCGACGGGGCCCCGAGGACUGGGAGCCCCCCCCCGGAGAGGUCCCAGGGCGCCGCCCCCCCCAGCCCCUGCGGCCCGGCCUAUUGGCUCCCCGGGGGCUGGUGGUGGGCUCGCCAGCCAAUCGGAUCGCUCACCACACGUCCGAAUUCACCUGCCCCCGCCUGGUGGUGCGUCGCGGGCAGCCCUUCGACCUCCGCGUCCUCCUGCCCCGCCCCUUCGACCCCGAGGACGACGACCUCUGCGUGGAGCUCACCCUCGGCCCCAACCCACAGGUGGCGAAGGGUACCCACGUCCUCAUCCCGUUGGGCGAAACCUCGGCCACCGGUUGGACGGCCGAGGAAGAGGAGAGAGAGGAAGGGGCGGAGCCUCCCGGAGGCCCCGCCCUCAACCUCUGCCUCACGGCCCCGCCCGACGCUCCCAUUGGCCGAUACCGCAUCAGCAUCAAGACCCGCACGGGGGUGGGGGAGUACGCGGCCCCCUUCGACGACGCCAACGACUUCUUCCUCCUCUUCAACCCCUGGUGCCCGGAUGACCACGUCUACAUGGAGAAAACGAGCGACCUUAACGAGUACGUCCUUAACGAGACGGGGCGCAUCUUCUACGGCACCGAGGACCAGAUUGCCGAGCGCUCCUGGAACUACGGGCAGUUUGAUGCGGGGGUGCUCGAGGCGUGCUUGUACAUCCUGGACCGCCGGGGGAUGCCCCACAGCGCCCGAGGGGACCCUGUCAUGGUGUCGCGCGUCGUCUCCGCCAUGGUGAACUCGCUGGACGACAACGGGGUGCUGGUGGGCAACUGGACGGGGGACUACGCCCAGGGCACCAACCCCUCGGCCUGGGCCGGCUCCGUCGACAUCCUCCGCUCCUACCACGGCGCCGGCGCCCCCGUGCGCUACGGCCAGUGCUGGGUCUUCGCCGGCGUCAUGACCACCGUGCUGCGGUGCCUGGGUCUCCCCACCCGCACGGUCACCAACUACAACUCGGCGCACGACACCGACGUCUCCCUCACCACCGACAUCUACUUCGACGAGAACAUGCGGCCCCUGGAGCGCCUCAACACCGACUCCGUCUGGAACUUCCACGUGUGGAACGACUGCUGGAUGAAACGCCCCGACCUCCCCGACGGCUACGACGGGUGGCAGGUCGUCGACGCCACCCCGCAGGAGACCAGCAGCGGGUUGUUCUGCUGCGGGCCGUGCUCGGUGACGGCGGUGAAGAACGGCGAGGUCUUCCUCAAGUACGACACGCCCUUCGUCUUCGCCGAGGUGAACAGCGACAAGGUCUACUGGCAGCGGCAACCCAACGGCGCCUUCGCCGUGGUGCACGUGGAGGAAGGCGCCAUCGGGCGCCGCAUCAGCACGCUGGGGGCGGGCUCUGGCGCCCGAUUGGACAUCACCCACCAGUACAAGCACCCCGAAGGCUCGGAGGAGGAGCGCCGCGCCGUCUCCACGGCGACCUCGCACGGCUCCCGGCCCCGCAACCGGGGGGUCCCGUCCUCGGGGGAGGUGACGGUGACGGUGGGGGCGGGGCCGGCGGUGGCGGGGGCGGAGCUGGAGCUGCGAGCGGUGGCCAGGAACGAGGGGGCGGAGCCCCGAACCCUGCGCCUCCGCCUGGCGCUCAGCGCCGUCCGCUACACCGGCGUCUCCGCGGCGCCGUUCCGGCAGGAGCAGCACCGGCGCGUCGUCCCGCCGGGGCAGGAGGAGACGGUGACGAUGACGGUGACCUACGCCGAGUACGGGCCCCACGUGGGUGAGCAGGACGCACUGAAGCUGACGGCGGCCGGGGCCGUGGAGGAGACGGGGCAAGUGGUGGCCAAGGAGCUGCGGGUCCGGCUGCAGGCGCCCGAGCUCACCCUGACGGUGCUGGGUCCGGCGGUGGUGGGGCAGGAGGUGCCGGUGCAGGUCGUGUUCCAGAACCCGCUGCCGGAGCCGCUGCCGGGGGCCGCCCUGCGCAUGGAGGGGGCCGGGAUGGUCUGUCCCCCCGCCCUGCGCCUGGGGUCGGUGGGGGCGGGGCAGACGGUGCGGCUGCGUCAGGCCGUGGUGCCGCAGCGCCCGGGUCGCCGGCGUCUGGUGGCGACGCUGGAGAGUCCGCGCCUGGGGCCGCUGCACGGCGCCGUCAUCAUCGACGUCGCGCCCGCCGCGGCGGGAACCGGGGGUGCGACGAGCGGGGGGAGCCCGCCCAGGAGGGCGCGGAGGGCGCGGAGACGCGGGCAGCCCCCGGCCGGGAGCACUGGGGGGUGA